CCAAGACUUUAUGUGAAUGCACAGUAUUACUGGUGGUAAGCACCAGUAAGAGUACCACCAUCAAUCAGUGUCAGAGGCAUCAUCACCCAGUCUUUGAGGCACUGACACCCCGAGGACAGGCCACCUUUUGCAGGCCAACUCCACCAGCAACGCCCCCCCCCCAUUUCGAGAAGCGCUUUUCUUUUCUCCAGCCACCAUGGAUCUUCUUCACAGCUGGGGGGUGAGCCUGGCGCUCCACCUGCAAAUGGAGUACAAGGCGUAUGAGGGCUGGUUCCAGCUGGCCUCCACCGUGGCCGACCUCCACACGGCCUUCUUCGUCUUCUUCCCCGUCUGGUUCCACGUGAGCAGGGCGGUGGGCAUCAAGCUCAUCUGGGUGGCCGUGAUCGGGGACUGGCUCAACCUCGUCCUCAAAUGGGUUCUAUUUGGGGAGAGGCCCUACUGGUGGGUGUUGGAGACCAACUUCUACACAGCAGACACCAGACCAACCCUGGAGCAGUUCCCCAUCACAUGCGAGACCGGCCCAGGCAGUCCUUCAGGCCAUGCCAUGGGCUCUGCAGGAGUCUGGUGUGUGAUGAUAACCGCCAUCUUGUCGAUAGCUGCAAAGAGGAAAAUCCACGACUUCCUUUAUAGUAUUUUUCAGAGCAUGCUGGUGCUGCUGCUGGUGGUGGUGGAGCUGAUUGUGUGCGUAUCCAGGGUCUACCUGUUGGCCCACUUCCCCCAUCAGGUCAUCAGCGGAGUCAUAUCAGGUCUGAUAGUUGCUGAGGUGUUCUCCAGGGUGCAGUGGAUCUACACGGCCAGCCUGAAGCAGUACUUUGGCGUGACCCUCUUCCUCACCUCCUUCGCCGUGGGCUUCUACUUGCUGCUGAAGGCCGUGGGUGUGGACCUGCUGUGGACCCUGGAGAAGGCCCAGCGCUGGUGCGUCAACCCCGCCUGGGUGCACAUGGACAGCACGCCCUUCGCCAGCCUGCUGCGCAACAUGGGCACCCUGUUUGGCCUGGGCCUGGGCCUGCACUCGCCCCUCUACACCGAGAACAAGAAGAAGGGCGGUGGUGGUGCCACCUACAGGCUUGGAUGUAUCAUAGCAUCUCUGUUUUUGUGCUGGCUCCUGGACAACUUUACCUUCUCGUCAAAGAAUCAGGAGCUGUUCUACCUGCUGUCAUUUUGCAAGAGUGCUUUCGCCAUUUUGAUUCCCACUGCGUUAGUGCCAGCUGGACUGACCAGGAUUUUUAAGGACAAGGCAGAGGGAAAGACGCUGUAAUUGCAGAUGACAUGCGGCUAUCAUGGGCUAACAAAACUCAACUCUUAUCAUUGGAGAAUUGAUUAUUAUUGAUGGUUUGCCAAAAACUAGUUCAAAUUAUCCUGUUGCAGAUGAAAAAUAAGCUUUUUCGACUGGGUUUUCAUUGCUGACGUGAUCUUGACCAUUGCUGGCAUAGAACAGUACGUAAUUAGUUCUUCUACCAGUCUUUACGUAAUUUUAACUGACAUAUAAUUUUGAAACAACUGUGACACAGAUAGCACGGUAAUAUACUACAUCACCAGUCAGCACUAGCAGGUUACAUGUCUUUGUCUUUUAUAUAAUUUACCUCAUGUCUACAGCAUGCACUGUAGCCUAUCUGCUAGCGAUAGCCAGUGUCAGAAUGUGAUAUCUCUCUCUGUAGAUGAUAACCUGCUGUCCCGCAUGGUGUUUGACCAGAGUACAGUGCAGGGAGAUAUGCCCUUGGAGUUCUAGCCCUGUAAAUAUUGUGUGUGUUUGUGUUUGUGUGUGUGUGUGUGUGUGUGUGUGUGUGUGUGUGUGUGUGUGUGUGUGUGUGUGUGUGUGCGUGUGUGUGUGUGUGUGUGUGUGUGUGUGUGUGUGUGUAUUUUGGGGGCGUUCUUGCCUUUAUGUGCAGGAUACAUGUGAGUUGUUGCCGGUAGAUAUAUGAUAUAAUACCAUGGCAUAUUAGGUCAUACUGUAUGGUUACCAUGUCCGCAGGCUGCGGUGCAUGCGUGUGUGUGUGUGUGUGUGUGUGUGUGUGUGUGUGUGUGUGUGUGUGUGUGUGUGUGUGUGUGUGUGUGUGUGUGUGUGUGUGUGUGUGUGUGUGUGUGUGUGUGUGUGUGUGUGUGUGUGAGAGAGAGAGAGAGAGAGAGUGAAAGAGAUUGACAAUAGGAAAUAUGUACUGAGAAAAAUGGCUGAGAAGUGAACUGUGUGCGCAGAAGUAAAUUGUGUAUAUUUUUUGUUUGUUAAAAGAACACAACACAAAUAAAACACGUUUUUCUUUAA